AUGUCCGCAGUGCUCAACUUCUUUCCGGUGCCCGUUGACGACGAGUGCCUCUCGGACGACGGACGCCGCUCAGGGGUGUGCCUCAACACGUACGAAUGCCGCAUCCAGGGCGGCGCCUCCCACGGUCCGUGUGCUCUCGGUUUUGGCGUCUGCUGUGUCUUCACGGCGACUUGCGGCCAGGAGAUUUUCAACAACGUGACGUACUUCGUGAACCCGCACUUCCCAGGUCUGUCGACGUCUUCUUCCACGUGUACAAUCACCAUCAAGAAGGUGGUACCCAACGUCAGUCAGCUGCGGCUCGACUUCGUACACUUCAGCAUGGGCCAGCCAAACCGGCGCACUGGAGUGUGUGACUCCGACAUGUUCCUCAUGUCUGCAGGACCAGCGAGGCAGCUCACGCUAUGCGGCCAGAACAGUGGACAACAUAUGUACUUUGACGUGGACAGCGUGAGAGACCCAAUUAGCAUUACUAUGAAUUUGAGCAGAAGCGACCUGAGCCGAAUAUGGGAAAUUAAGGUGUCCCAGAUUGUUUUCAACCAGAGGGCUCCAGCUGGAUGUUUGCAGUACCACCAGGGAGAAACUGGUAUUAUACGAACAAUGAACUUUGCUGACAAUGGAAGACAUUUAGCCAACCAGGAUUACCUGAUUUGUGUCAGGCAGGAAUCAGGUAUGUGCUCCAUAGCCUAUGAGCCAUGUGAUGAGAACUCAUUCAGGAUUGGGCCACCAGAAAACCAGGCAGACGAAGGCUCUGGAGGUGGGGAUACAAGAGAAUGUGAUGAUCGCAUUGUGAUGCCAUGUGAUUCAGAAGACUUCAUUAUGCCAAAACAAAAUGGUGGAGGAAUGGGUGGAGUGUGUGACUUGCUUCAUUGUGGCAGCUCCUUCUGCAGCCCUGGGGAAGGUCCAUGCAGAGUAGAGAGUAGCACAACACCAUUCAACAUCCGUGUGCAGUUUGGUCCUGGAAAAGAGAACGAGUCCCCCGAUGACAACAUUGGGAUGUGCCUGAGAUAUGAGCAGCUUCCUUGUACAUCGUAAUCCAUAUGGCACCUGCUAGUCAGCUUUGUGUACACAACACAACUGUUUGUUUCAGGUUCCAGAUAGAGUGUUGUAUGGAUCAUUAUUGCACUUCCACCAGAGGAACUUCCAUAGCUUUUGAAGGAUAAUUUUUAAAGUACUACUCACUUG